CCAGCCCCCUCCAUCCAUUUGGCAGGGGAAGGAACAAAAGGUCCCGGUCCCCCGGAUCUGUCGGGGCCGGACCUGGCGCCUCGGUGCAGGGUAGAUUCACGAGGUGGUUUCAGUGUGGAUUGCUGCUUUGAUUACGAGCAUGUCGUCCAUCUUGCCGUUCACCCCUCCAGUGGUGAAGAGGCUGCUGGGGUGGAAGAAAUCAGCUGGUGGCUCUGGGGGAGCAGGUGGAGGAGAGCAGAAUGGACAGGAAGAGAAGUGGUGUGAGAAAGCAGUGAAAAGUCUGGUGAAGAAGCUAAAGAAAACAGGACGAUUAGAUGAGCUUGAGAAAGCCAUCACCACUCAAAAUUGUAAUACUAAAUGUGUUACCAUACCAAGCACUUGCUCUGAAAUUUGGGGACUGAGUACACCAAAUACGAUAGAUCAGUGGGAUACAACAGGCCUUUACAGCUUCUCUGAACAAACCAGAUCUCUUGAUGGUCGGCUUCAGGUUUCCCAUCGAAAAGGGUUGCCACAUGUUAUAUACUGCCGAUUAUGGCGCUGGCCUGAUCUUCACAGUCAUCAUGAACUCAAGGCAGUUGAAAACUGCGAAUAUGCUUUUAAUCUGAAAAAGGAUGAAGUUUGUGUAAAUCCUUAUCACUACCAGAGAGUUGAGACACCAGUUUUGCCUCCGGUGUUAGUGCCCCGGCAUACUGAGAUUCUAACAGAACUACCACCUCUGGAUGAUUACACCCACUCCAUUCCAGAAAACACUAAUUUCCCAGCGGGAAUUGAGCCACAGAGUAAUUACAUCCCAGAAACACCACCACCUGGAUAUAUUAGUGAAGAUGGAGAAACAAGUGAUCAACAGUUGAACCAAAGUAUGGAUACAGGCUCUCCAGCUGAACUGUCUCCUACUACCCUAUCUCCUGUUAAUCAUAGCCUUGAUUUGCAGCCAGUUACCUAUUCAGAACCUGCAUUUUGGUGUUCAAUAGCCUAUUAUGAAUUAAACCAGAGGGUUGGAGAGACUUUCCAUGCAUCACAGCCCUCACUCACUGUAGAUGGCUUUACAGAUCCAUCAAAUUCAGAGAGGUUCUGCUUAGGUUUACUUUCCAACGUUAAUCGAAAUGCUACAGUAGAAAUGACAAGAAGACAUAUAGGAAGAGGAGUGCGCUUAUAUUACAUAGGUGGGGAAGUUUUUGCUGAGUGCCUAAGUGAUAGUGCAAUCUUUGUGCAAAGCCCCAAUUGCAAUCAGAGAUACGGCUGGCACCCUGCAACAGUGUGUAAAAUUCCACCAGGUUGUAACCUGAAGAUCUUUAAUAACCAGGAAUUUGCUGCUCUUCUGGCUCAGUCUGUUAAUCAGGGUUUUGAAGCUGUAUAUCAGUUAACUAGAAUGUGCACCAUAAGAAUGAGUUUUGUAAAAGGUUGGGGAGCAGAAUACAGAAGACAGACAGUAACAAGUACUCCUUGCUGGAUUGAACUUCAUCUGAAUGGACCUCUACAGUGGUUGGACAAAGUAUUAACUCAGAUGGGAUCUCCUUCAGUGCGUUGCUCGAGCAUGUCGUAAAGCUUCAUCAUCAAUCAAGUUCCAUCAAAAGACUUAAUGAACUUUCUUAGCCUUUAGAAGAAGGUGAACAAGACAGCUCAGCUCCUGCCUUUGCUAAGACAACAUUGAUCAAACCUGUAAUCGUCUUAUGUGUCUAUGAAGGAGAUAAACAGGGUUCUGUCUAGAGACUAGCAGCUAACAUGAUGCUUCAGGUAGGACAUUGAGAAGGCCUCUGAGGAAGUGAUGCUUGAGCUAACACCUGGUCUAGAAGGAGCAAGCCAUGUGAAGAGCCAAGGGAGAUUAGCACUCCUGGUGAAGGGGACAGCAUCAAACACAAAGGCUCAUGCUAAAAGUAAUUCACUAUUAAGUGGUCAUGCUUUAUACAGAAACCUCUACACAAAACCAAACUUGAAGAUCAGAAUAGUGCUACAGUUUAUUAUGUUGAAGGUGGCCUUAUUUUGUGAUACGCUGUUUCAUGUCAUUCUUAUUAAUAAAUUCUCUGCCUGAAACCUUUGCUAGAAAAAUUUCCUAUUUGCACCAGGCCAAUACCACUUAAUUAAAAAACCCUUUCUUGCGCAAAUUUUCACCAACUUGUGACCUGCUGCUUACUUCCAGACUUCUUGUUUCUCACUGAUUGUUACUUCCAUUGACAGUGUGUGAGUUAUUUCCCAGGUAUUACCACCUUCAAGCCUGCUGGCCAUCUCAGUGGAGGAUCUGUCCUUCAUUGGAAGUUUUGAUGUACUUGAGAACUUGUACUGAUAUUGAAAACACCUGUUGUAUUGAGCAGUUGAUUUCAUCAUAGUGGUGAUUAUGUUUGUGUGAAUAUGUUUAAUGAUCAUAUUUGCUCUUUUAAUGAGAUACUGGUUUUUGUAUUAUAUUUUUUCUACUGUGGCCUAAUUUUUGUUGUUUUUUCCCCCCUUUCUUUUUCUAGGAAUAGUUUUUAUUCCCAAUGAUAGUGUCUCCUCUCUGUUGAUUUUUGUCUUGAUUGAAGUUAGCAACAUGAUUUGGGAUUUACCCUUCAUAGCCCUGUGAUGUCCUUCAUGUAGUACCCCAGAACUGAGUGGCCAUGCUGGUGUACCAUUUCUAAGGUGAUUUAGGCGGUAUCUUCCCAAUGGCUCCACAGAGGCACUAUGGAGCUGGCCUAGUAGGACUUGGUAGCUGGUGGAGUUCCACAUAACAUUUCUUCUGAAAAAAGUUUUAUUGCCUUUUAAAAAUGUUUUGUAAAUUCUUUAGAAUUAGAGUAGAAACAUCUAACAGGAUUUAGUGCCAGUCUUUUGUGCUAAUUUCACCAUAUUAAAGUUUUCUUGAUAAGAUCUGAUUUACACUGACUAUACACUAUGGGUACACAUUCACUCAACCAGUGGACACAAUGAUGCCUGUUGUCUACUAUGGCCCUCAAGCGUAUCUUAGUCCUGUGAGCAUAUACUCUGCCCUCAGGACAUGUUGCCCAAUUUUUCUGGAAAGCUAAAUCUUCUAAUUCUACCCUAGUACUUUGUAUUCUGAGUAUAUUUGCAGCUUAUUUAAUAUCUAGUUGUAUUUUUUACUUUAAACCAUAUGCAGUUUGUUUCAUUCAUCUGCCUUAUAAACAUUGUCAGAUUUUUCCUUUUGUUAAAAUUAUUUUAAUUUACUUGAUUUGUGCCUUUGUUGGUUUCAUCAAGACUAAGACUUUGAAGAUGCAGAAAAUCAGUCUAGUCUCUUGCUAGUUGAAACAAAUAAAAGAAAGUAUAUGCCCA